GUUGUUGGUUUUUGUGCCCUGCCUCCCUGCUCAUUUUUUUUUGGAUUUGUUUUCCAUGUUGCUGACCUCUGCCUUGAAUCAAGUAAACCUCAUUUUAUUCCUUCCUCCUCCAGUGAGUCUGAGUUCAAAUGUCACCUUCCAGAGACACUGCAAAAAAAAGGGUGGUAAUGCACCUAAAGCUGGUUGCCAACUGCUGUUAAAAAGCAGAAGCAGAAGCAGAAGAAUGGCAAAAAAAGAACCUGUUACAGCAUCACUGAGUUAUUUGUAGAGCAGUGGGGCAACAGAAUAGGAUUUGUUAAACUUGUUCAACAGUUUUUCAUGUUACACAUUUCAAAAAGACCUUCAGUACUGGUCUCCAAACCACAGUCCAUGGAAAACAGAUAAUCUCAUGAAGCAUAUACCAUCCAUCUUUCAGAAAUUUCUGUUGCUGGAUUCUAUCUUCUUUGACGUUCGUGGUGUGACUUCCAGAGGUGAAAGUUCAAGGGUCACAUAUUUCAGCAGAUUGUGAAAAUGUCACUAAAGCUUUUUCUCCUCAUCCUGGGAAUGACCACAGCCACUGCUGUUACUGCUCACGGAUCAUGGAGAACAGACAACAAAGAAUCUAGACCUGCUGUCCACCAUUAUGAUGGUGUCGAAGACAGCUACGAGUGGACCACGUGGUUCAAUGUUGACCACCCCGGAGGUCAUGGAGACUAUGAGCAGCUGGACGCUAUUCGCUUCUAUUACCGUGCUCGAGUGUGUGAGACUCCACGGGCAAUUGAAGCCAGAACCACUGAAUGGGUCCCAGCUCGUGAAACUGGGGAGAAGGUCCACGCAGACCCUACCGUGGGCUUCUGGUGCCUGAAUGAGGAGCAAGGUCCUGAACGCAACUGCUCCAACUACGCAGUCCGCUUCCUCUGUCCUAAAGAUAACAGUAUAAACAUUCAGGGUACCUGGGGCCUGUGGUCAGACUGGAGCCCAUGCCCUGCUCUUUGUGGUCAAGUCGGGGUCCAAAUUCGCUCCAGAAGCUGCCAGUCUCACUUUAUGCCUUGCAGUGGGCCUAAAGUAGAAGGAAAAGCAUGCAAUGGACCAGACUGCCCAAAGAUAGAAUGUCCCCUACAGUGCGUGAUGGGGAGGGUGAAUGCUGAGUGUGACACAUGCAUGUGUGAAGAGCACAUUCUGUUGGGUUCUGUACGCAGAGCUGGAGGUCUCACUGCUGAAGGGGCUGCUAUCCUUCGCUAUGGCAAACUUCUUACCCUUACUGACCACAAUGGACAUUUCCGCAUCCCCGGUAUUUGCCCUGAUGGCAACACCACCCUGACAAUCAGCCUGCAGGGUCAUGCCUCCCACAAUGUUGCUGUACCCAGCAGCACUGAACGUACCUCAGUCCUCAGUAUACAGUUGAAAAGAACAGAGAAACUCCGUGUGUUGAGCCACCCUGACAGCAAGGCCAGGAGGGAAGGACAAACUGCUGCAUUCUGCUGCAAAGUGGCAGGAACGUCACAGCCAGAUGAAUACCAAUGGUUUCAUAACAAUAGCCUCUUGGAGAAGCGGUCUGACAGCACCUUGGUCUUAAAAGAUCUGCAUCCUGAGCAGGCUGGGGAAUACUACUGUAGAGCAAGAGGUCCAUCUGGUGCUAUUAAGACCAAAACAGCUACACUCAGAGUCUUAGGUAAAGAUGAGCAUUCAUGCAACCCCAAGCCUGAAUCCCACCUCAUCCAUCUUCCACAUGACUGCUACCAAAACAGCACCAACUCCUUCUACCAUGAUGUGGGUAGGUGCCCCUCAAGUACAUGUACCGGACAGCUGGACAAUGCCAUCAGGUGUAAAGACAAAGUGGCUUACUGCUGUGGUGUGAGAAAGAUGGAGAAGAGGCAGAUAACAUGCCAGGGGUACCAACUGCCGACCAUGGUGGUGACCGAGUGUGGCUGCCAGAAAUGUGUGGACACCAAGGCUAUUGUGUACGGGAGAGCCAUUGCUGCAGACAAUGAUGAGCCAAUGAGGUUUGGUCAUAUCUUUAUGAAUGGAGUCAGAAUCAGCCGCACAGGCUACAAAGGUACCUUCUCCGUCCAGGUUCCUCCAGACACAGAGAGGCUAGUCCUGACGUUUGUGGACAACAUGCAGAAAUUUGUCAAUACCACAAAGGUACUUCCAUUUAACACCAAAGGAGGGGCUGUUUACCAUGAGAUCAAACUUCUAAGAAAGAAAGUUCCUGUGACCAUUAGCUCCACAGAAACCAACACUCUGGAACUUGGGGAGGUAGAGGGCCAGGAGCCAAUGGUUCAAAUCCAGAUUCCUCCCCAUUCUUUCUACAAAGAGAAUGGAGAAGUUUUCACGGGUAAUGUCAGCGCUAGUGUAACAUUUCUCGACCCAAGAGAUGUCUCCACUGCUACUGCAGCUCAAAGUGAUCUAAAUUUUGUAGGAGAUGAAGGAGAUACCCUGCCACUGAGAACUUACGGUAUGUUCUCGGUUGAUUUCAGGAGUGAGGAAAAUAAUGAGCCCCUGAAUGCAGGUGAAGUGAAGGUGUUCUUGGAUUCUGCUCAGGUGAAGAUGUCUGAGCACCUCAGCACCAUGAAGCUGUGGUCCCUGAACCCUGAUACUGGACUGUGGGAGGAGGAGGGAAGUUUGCAAAUGGAGAGGAAAGGUAGGAGCAAGAGGGAGGAGAGAACCUUUCUAAUUGGUAAUAUGGAGAUCAGAGAGAGACGUCUGUUUAACCUAGAUGUCCCAGAGAACCGCCGGUGUUAUGUGAAAGUGAGGGCCUUCCGCAGUGAACGCUUCAUGCCCAGUGAGCAGGUGGAGGGAGUUGUAGUGAGUCUCAUAAACAUGGAGCCUACAGCUGGCUACUCCUCAAACCCACGUGCCUGGGGCCGAUUUGAUAGUGUCAUCACUGGUCCCAAUGGUGCCUGUCUUCCUGCUUUCUGUGAUGAACAAAGAGCUGAUGCCUAUUCUGCCUAUGUUAUGGCAAACCUUGGAGGGGAAGAACUGGAAGCUGUCCCCUCUGCUCCCAAACUCAAUCCAGGCCUCAUUGGAGUGCUGCAGCCUUACCUGAGUAAACUGAACUAUAGGCGGUCUGAUCAUGAAGACACCAGGGUGAAGAAGACAGCAUUCAGCAUCAAUGUGGCAAAACCAAGUCCCAACACAGCUGAGGAAGGCAAUGGACCAGUGUACGCAUUUGAGAACUUGAAAGAAUGUGAGGAGGCUCGAUUCAGUGCAGCACACUUCCGCUUCUCAAGAGUGGAAGGAGACCGCUAUGAUUACAACACAGUGCCAUUUAAUGAAGAUGACAAAACAAGCUGGACAGAGGACUACCUGAGCUGGUGGCCCAAGCCCAUGGAAUACCGGGCCUGCUAUAUUAAAGUCAAAAUCAACAGCCCACAUGAGAUCAAUGUGCGGUCCCACAACAUGGGUGGCACCCAUCCCAAGACAGUAGGCCAGCUGUAUGGCCUCCGAGACACUCGCAGCAUUCGUGACAUGGACCAGGCAACAUUAUCAGCUGUAUGUGUGGAAUUCAAGUGCAGUGGGAUGCUGUAUGAUCAGAACCGUGAUGAUCGUACCCUGGUGAAGGUGAUUCCACAAGGAAGCUGCAAAAGAGAGCAUGUCAAUCCAAUGCUUCAGGAGUAUCUGGUCAACCAUUUGCCCUUAGCUGUCAACAAUGACACCAGUGAGUUCACCAUGCUAGCACCUCUUGACCCACUAGGACACAACUAUGGAAUUUAUACAGUGACAGACCAGGAUCCGCGCACAGCCAAAGAGAUUGCACUUGGACGCUGUUUUGAUGGAACUUCUGAUGGUACAUCUCGUGUCAUGAAGAGCAAUGAGGGCAUAGCACUGAUGUUCACCUGUGGAGAUCGUGAGGUGACACAGCAGAAUGUCUUCCAGUCCCUGCAGAGUGCUCAAAGUCAGGUCGUAACAGGAGAAGGCAGGCAGAACCGCCGCCGGCAGAGAGCCAACAGACGUGGCAGCAGUCGCAGACGUAGCACAGAAACCCUACAAGAUUUGCAGAAGCCACAAGCUAAAAAACAUUAACGGUCAAGACUCUACUGCAAACUGCAUAUCUACAAUGAAGUUAAGUAGAUAGUGUCAUCUCUUUUUAUACAUAUAUUUUAUACUGACUUUUUUUCAAAGUGUAUUGCUAAACAAACCUAGGCUAUACACUACCUGGUCACAUUAAUAGUCGCAUCUGUACAACUGUAUGCCUUAACAUCUGUGUUUAUGAAGCUCAAAAUGUUUGUUUUUGGCAAAAUUUUCAUAAAUGUGUAAAUUCAAUCAUGCUUAUUAUUGAGGUGGUGUUGUAUUAAAGACUACAUUAUAUUCUGAGAUGCCUCUAUAUUUGUCCUCCCCAGCUACAUGCAUGAGACAGAAUAUUAACAUGCAUGUCAAAUACACCACCACCUUUAACUAUAUAAUAAAUAUAAUUGAAAGUAUACAUUUGACAGCU